AUUCAAGGAUAAAUACUAUACGACAGUCAAUAUGCACUUUAGAUAAAGGUCCAAAUAUACAGAUAUGAUUUCAAUAAAAUCUAUUCUACCGAACAAACAACACGCGAGCUUCCUUUUCCAAUAUCCAAUUAAACAAAUAAAGCUCUCCUUGUUUAAUGACCUUUUAUCCCUUCCCAGCACAUACUUACUGCACUCCCGCCGACUUCUUUGUAAUUCAAACACUAAAUACUAUCGGCUGCUAUCGUCGGUGGUCUUAUCUCGAAGUGCGUUAUCUGGUAUUGAAUACCACAAACUCUGUUCUGGAAGUUAAAAUGAUUGGAGAAAACGCUGGCGACGGUCUACGUUUGCGUCGUGCUCAAAGUGUUACAAGGGCAGAAGAAAUACAGGCUGAAGAAAAAAAAGCGAGAAGAUCACAACCAGACAAACCAUGCCAUCGACCUCAAGAUUCGCUAUUUUCGUGGACUUCCGGGUUCGACAAUUUUACCGGUUUUGUCAACUGGGCCUUCCUUCUACUCUCAAUGGGUGGAUUCAGACUACUUCUAGAAAACUUUAUUAAGUAUGGCAUCCGAGUCGAUCCGAUACAAUGGUUCUAUGUAUUCACCGGAAUGGACAGCGGAAGUUCCGAUCAUCCGACAUUAAUUUUACUCUUAUACAUAUUAGUUCCUAUCACUUUAUGUUUGAUUACCGAGAAAGGUCUGGCAGUUGAAAUAAUCCCUGUUUCUUUAGGAAUGAUAUCACACGUCGUAAAUUUAUUGGUUCUGGUUUUAAUUCCAAUGGUUUCCAUCCAUGUUCGAGACGGAUUUGGAUUAAUCGGUGCUUCCAUGGUCAGUUUCCUGUACAGUGUAAUAUUUUUGAAACUGUGGUCUUACGUUCAAGUUAACAGUUGGUGCAGAAAUAAGCAGCGCGGAGUUAACAAUAACACACUCAGGCGUCAAUCAUUGUCAUUCAGUAGUUUACCUAAAAAGUCAGAUAAUGAUGGAGAAAGUGAGCACAUGGAGGUGCAAUUAGUGCAAUACCCAGAUAAUCUAAAUUUAAAAGAUUUGUUCUACUUUAUCGCAGCUCCGACCCUGUGCUACGAACUAAAUUUCCCUCGAACGCAAAGAAUUAGGAAGCGUUUCCUGUUAAAGAGAAUACUAGAAGUGAUUAUUGGCAGUCAACUGAUGCUCGUUAUCAUUCAACAGUAUAUUAUCCCAUCCGUCAAAAACUCUUUGAUUCCUUUCAGCAAUAUGGAUGUGACAAAAGCAACUGAAAGACUAUUGAAAUUAGCUAUUCCAAAUCAUUUAUUAUGGCUGUGCAUGUUCUAUAUAACGUUCCAUUCGUUUUUAAAUUUGGUUGGCGAAUUGAUGCAUUUCGCCGAUAGAAAGUUUUAUUCCGAUUGGUGGAACGCUAAUAACAUUGAUAGUUUCUGGCGUUCUUGGAAUUUACCGGUCCAUAGAUGGGCUGUACGUCACUUAUACAUCCCACUGGUUGGAAUGGGAUAUCCGAAAACUGUAGGAGGUUUAACAGUUUUCUUCGUUAGUGCGUUUUUCCAUGAAUACUUGGUGAGCGUUCCAUUAAAAACUUUCAAGAUUUGGGCCUUCAUGGGAAUGAUGGCUCAAGUGCCUUUGUCACAUAUCUCCAAAUUUAUGGAAAUUAAAUGUGGUCCACGUUGGGGAAACGUCGUCGUUUGGGCUUCCUUGAUCAUUGGACAGCCUCUGUGCAUAAUGAUUUACUAUCACGACUACGUUAUCACACACUAUGGAAAAGCUUUAAUGGAAGAUUAUAGUCAUGUAUAAUUGCAUUGGCUAUUUAUAUUUUUAUACAUUAUAUAAUAUAU